AUGGAAAUUGAAAGUUUACAAUUAAAAUUAAAAAAUCAACAUAGAGAAACUUUGGCUAUUGUGGAAUUGCCUUCAAAGGAAAGACCUAAUAGCAAUACUUCUUCUACUCCUUUUCUUUUUUGCGCAUUCCAAUCCAUUGCUUGUCAACUUGAACAGGAGGACGCCGUGGAUGUUCUAUUAUGGCUUGCUUCAUAUAAACAUGCCUAUUGUUGUUGUUGGACAAACUUGGUGCGUUCAUUAACAGUAUUUUAAA